GUCGGGUCACGGCGCCUGCGCGAUGAGCAUGACCUAAGGCGAGCUCAGCUCCAACCAUCUUGUUACAUUUUGCGAAAUUUCUGAUGGUUGGCUGUACUCGGCUGGAAAUUACCAGGUGAACAAUCCCGGAAUUUGCAUAUACGCCGUGGACUGGUUUUGACAAAGCCUCCCCAGCCAUGGCUUCAGGCAAGAUGUCUGCCGACACCGCCCGCCUUCCCAGGAUUGAAAUGCUCCUGUACUUUCUGGGAUUCUGUGGUCCAGCUUUCUAUUCCAUCUAUGUGGUCUAUGUCUUAUCAAAGGAGAUGGAGGACACCCUCUUUGAGGAUCUAGAGUUGGACCAGUCAAGCUUCCUACCAUUCCUAGGAAGAAAAAAGGACAUAGCAGACUUUGAGUGGGUGUUCUGGCAGACGCACUUAAAAGAAGGACUUGUGUUUUGUUUCGUAGGCCAUAUCGUGGUCAGUAGACUGAUGUCAAUGUUCCUCUCAAAAUACAGAAGAGAAGCGUACUUAGCCUACAGUUUCCUGUGCCUGUACUUAGUGCUUGGGUGGAAGCCUCUUUGUGUGCUUCUUGCCCACUGUAUGGUGUUUUACGCUGCUGCAUUGUUGCGGUCAGCGCUCCUAUGCUGGGGGGUAGGAAUAUUUAUCGUGGCCACACUCAACUCCAGCCUUUUCAAAGUACUUCAGUACACAUUAUCAGGGGAGGACGAGAGCACGUACUAUCUACUACUUUUCACCGCGGCUAUGUCAAUUCUCCGACAGCUCAGCUUCAGCCUGGAAGUCUGCAAACUUCGCAGGGACCAGAAGGCAUAUUCUCUGUUUGACUUCCUCUUGUUCAACUUCUACAUUCCCCUGUUCUUCAAUGGCCCUGUCAUCACGUACAACACAUUCCACGAGUACAUCAAACAUCCCAUCCUGUUGGACAAGACACGCUUGGAACGUGUUGCAUGGUGCGCGUGCCGUGUUACGAUAUGGGCCAUCAUCACCGAGGCUGCGUAUCAUCUGCUGUACUUCUGUGAACUUGAACAGCAAAUCUCCAUCUUGGAAAACCUGCCCCUGAUGGAAGUGACCGGUAUAGGGUACCUUCACGUGCAGUUCUUCCAUGUCAAGUACAUGGUCCUCUAUGGCUUCUCGUCAACCAUUGCCAUGCUGGAUGGGAUUGAACCUCCGAUGUUCCCGCGAUGCGUCAGCGCGCUGUACACGUUUACGGCCAUGUGGAGGUACUUCGACAAUGGCCUGCACACCUUCCUGGUCCGAUAUAUCUACAUACCACUGGGCGGGUCUCACAAGGGCAUCGUGCGUCAGCUGCUGGCGUCAGCAGCUUGUUUCGGGAUGGUGUGCUACUGGCACGGUGGACAGUACUAUCUUAUCGCAUGGGGACUCCUCAACUGGACUGGCAUCGUGGUGGAAUCUACCGGCGCCAUCAUUGCAAAGACGGCCACAGUACAACAUUACACAAGCCAACUCUCACCUCAGAACCAGAGGAGGUUGAAGGCACUGUGUAACGCUCCCAUCCUAGCCUUCCUCAUCCUGUUUAACUUAGUCUUCCUUGGAGGGACCAGCGCUGGUUAUGUGUACUUCGAUAAGUUUUUCAUUUCGGGCUUCCCCUUUGUCACAGUAAAGCUUCUGGCUUCCAUAAAGGACAUGGCUUCCACAGAAGAAGCCGAAGCAGAGGCUGGAGCAAAAGCACCAAAGAAAAAUGUAUCAUAUCCUCUAAGGAUCUUAUACUGUGGAGAAUGCACACUACCAGUAGAGUACUGUGAGUACAUGCCAAACAAUGACAAGUGUAAAGCCUGGUUAGAGAAGAACCUGCCCUCCGAAUUUGGCAAGUUAUAUCUCUCAGAGAAACCCCCAGAAGGAGGAGACACAGGAGACACAGACAAGAAGGGAAGACAAAAGAGAGGUGGCAGAGGCAACAUCAAAAUCAAGAAGAAGGCGGAGCCACAGGGGGUGACGAUCGCACGGGUACAGAGAAACAAGAAGAAAUAUGUGACCAGGAUACGCGGGUUAGCUACAUAUGAUAUUGACCUAGAGCAAGCCAGAAAAUUUUUUGCCAAUAGGUUUGCGUGUGGGGCCUCCAGAACAGAUGAGGACGAGAUCGUGAUUCAAGGGGACGUGACGGACGACAUCUUUGAUGUGAUCCCAGAGAAGUGGCCUGAGAUUGAUGAAGACAACAUUGAUGACCUGGGAGACCAGAAGCGAUAACUACAUGUAGCUGCUUUCUGGCAAAAACUCACCUAAACAAGCAACUUUCCACAU